UUGAUUGGUCAAAGGAAAAUGCGUGGUCGAUUCGAAAGAAAAUCAAGAUGGCAGCUCCCUUGAGAUCAGCGACGGCAAAACUUGGAAAUCUUCUGCAGGAUGCAAAGAAAGAGUGGCGAAAGAAACCUAAGAAGGCUACCCCAAAGAAGCACAAACCUCAUUACAGCAAGGGCCUUGAUGUAUGGGUACAUGACACCAGUGAAGUGUGGCUACCAGCUACCGUGACCUCUGUUGGAAAGGAUGGCAGUCUCUGCGUUAGGUUUGAAGAUGGGAAGGAAUCCACCGUACAAUCAAAAGGAGACUACCCUCCAGUGAGUGGAAGCACCCAACGCUGUGAACAGACUGACGAUCUCACAACGCUAAGCCCUCUCUGUGAAGCUGCAGUUCUUCAUUGUCUACGUUCCCGCUUCCGUUCUGGAUCCUGCAGCACCUCCGCAGGAGCGACUCUGAUUGCGGUGAACCCCUUUAAGGAAUUGGAGGGAUGCUAUGGAGAGGAUGUUGUGCAGAGAUACACAGAGGGGUCAAAGACCAAGCCACCACAUGUUUAUGGCAUGGCAGAGAGGGCUUACAGUCAAAUGGAACAAGGCCUGGGCCCAGUCAACCAAUCCAUUAUCGUCAGCGGAGAAAGUGGCGCUGGCAAAACGUGGACGGCUCGGUGUCUCAUGACCUACCUAGCAACUGUGGCUGUCUACAACCCAGGUUGUUUUGAACCUUCUCCUGGUGACUGCAUCAAGAGCCGCAUCCUUGAUUCUAAUCCGAUCCUCGAGGCGUUUGGUAACGCUGGCACAGCCAGGAACUACAACAGCAGUCGCUUCGGCAAAUACAUACAACUCCAGUUUGACAGAGGGCAGCAUAUCAUUGGUGCGUCCAUCCAAACCUACUUACUUGAGAAGACUAGAGUUGUUCACCAGUCCACCGGAGAGAGGAACUUUCACAUCUUUUACCAGUUAUAUCAAGGAGCGAGUACCGAAGAGAAAGCUUGUCUGGGUCUAGGUCUUCCUAAUCAUCAUAUCAAGUAUUUGCCAAUGCAAGCUGUCACUGACAAAGCCUUAGAUGACUGCCAAGCAUUCAAGAUGACCAGAGAAGCAAUGUCCAAUGUCGGUCUCUCCCAAGACAAACAGAUGGAUGUAUUCCAGGUGCUGUCGGGUCUACUUCACCUGGGUAACAUCAGCUUCACCAGUGAUGGAGAACUGGAACCAUGUGACAUCGAUGAAGACAAUAAAGACUACCAGUUGUCCAGGGAUUUUGCCACCACCCUUCUUGGCUUGGAUGGAGAGCAGCUUGAGAAGAGUCUAAUGUUCAGGAAGAUAACGGCCACUCACAGUAAGAGGAAGAGUGUCUUCAUGAGACCGUGUACAGUGGAGGAGGCCGGAACCAGACGAGAUUGCAUGGCCAAACUGCUAUACGCUCGACUCUUUGAUUGGUUGGUUGCCUUCAUCAACAAGUCCACCUGCGCUGGUCAGUGGCAUUCUUUCAUUGGUCUGCUGGACAUCUAUGGAUUUGAAAGCUUCCAAUCAAACAGCCUGGAGCAACUCUGCAUAAAUUAUGCAAAUGAGAAGCUGCAGCAGCACUUUGUGGCCCACUUUCUCCGAGCAGAACAGGAGGAGUAUUCCAUUGAGGGAAUUCCUUGGCAGUUCUUCAGCUUCGCUGAUAACCAGCCGUGUCUUGACGUCAUCGAGGGCAAAUGUAGCAUCUUCUCCUUCCUGAAUGAGGAGUGUCGCCUCAACCGUCAGACAGAUGCCUCAGCAUUCAGCACCAGACUACUGGAUGGCAUCAAUGGUAAACACAUCUACAAACCCCCAGUCGCAGUCCGGUCCCCCGCCUUCAUUGUCAAGCACUAUGCGGAUGAUGUCACAUACAGUGCACAUGGCCUCAUUGAGAAAAACAAGGACCACAUCCCAGUGGAAUUGAUAGAGCUAGCAGCCGGCAGUACCAACCCAUUCGUCAGCAAGUUAGUGCAGAUGGAUCUGGUAGAACAUGAGAUCCAGGCAGCCAAGAAUGGAAAAGUCCAAGCCAAAACUGUGGUCUCCAAGUUUAAGACCUCCUUAGAUAGCCUGAUGACCAUACUGACUUCCACGGCUCCACACUACAUCCGCUGCAUCAAACCCAACCUAGCCUGUCAGCCAGACAUCUUUGACAGCAGCCAUGUGGUGUCUCAGCUGAGGGCCUGCGGUGUGCUAGAGACUAUUGCCAUCAGCGCUAAAGGCUUCCCUGCAAGAAUUCCCUAUGCCGAGUUCAGUCAGCGUUACCGAGCCCUGUAUCACACCAAGAGAGAGCCCACGCCAUCCCUCCCUGCUACAAAUGAUGACAAGACGGCCAAGGCAUUCUGUCUGUCUGUCGUGGAGCGCAUCUUUGGUGAUGAAGACAAGGAGAAUGCAAAAGUCGGGGCACAGUUUGGCAAAACUAAAGUUUUCCUUCGCUCUGGACAGCUUGAAGAGAUGGAGGGACUGAGAGCUCAGGCCUUGACUCAAGCAGCGUCUUGCAUCCAACGAUCAUGGAGGAGACAUCAGAGGCAGCAGAAAGUCAGGCGACUGGAGGCUGCCACAUUGAUCCAAGCAGCAUAUCGCGGCUGGAAAGUGCGCCAGUGUCUAGAGAUAAUGAAUGACGCGGCCAGGGUCAUACAGCAAGCCAUGCUGGAAUACUCCAUCAGAAAACAACAGGAGAGAGAACAACAACGGCUGGAGCAGGAGUCUACCGAGCAAGUCUUGCUGGAGAAGAGUCUAGCUGAAGAUGACAACCCUGGGAGUGUUGAUAGCUGUUCAUCAGAGGAUGAAGAAUUCCAUGAGUGCAGAGAUAGGCUGUCAGCCCUGAUGGAACAUCCCAUCCCAGCCAGCCAUGGAUCACACCCCAUCACCCAACCACUACGAUCUCUCUCAGGGGGGCUCAUGGACCUCCACGCACCCCAAACCUUACCCCUGUACAACACCGGGAUUCUCCCCAGACGAUGCAGCAAGUGUGGGUCCGUGGCAAAACCUCCGCCGGACCCACGUAUGGACGAUCUCGAUGGAGAUGAAGAUGACGACGACAAAACAAGACAAGAAGAAGACACGGGGACGACUGAACGAAGUCUUGGCAGGACCUUGGUCAGCAUUUUCAAGAAGCCGGCCGUGGAUUUUGCACUGGCUGCUGUGGUGACAGCGUUACUACUGAAGGGACCUGUACACUUUUAAGUUAUUGGCUAAAAUUACCGAUGAUUUCAAAGAUCUUGGCACUGCAUGGAGUCAUCAUUAGAAUAAUUUUUAAAAAUGGCAUUUGCUGUCAAAUUAAUGGAAUGGUUUAUUUCUACCCGUUUCUAGGCAUCAGUUACUACUAGGACCCUUUCUUUAUAACGGGAACGAAAAUACAUUCUUAUGUUUUGCACUCAACCAGCUGGUAAAAGCCAGAUUUAUUUUCUUCUUUCUGAUUCAUGGCUCUGAAGGAUUUGUUUUAAGGGACGUAAAGUCCGAGAACCAUUCGGUUGACAAAUGACGUUUUUGCAACAGUCAACUUCCGUAAAAAUAGCAACGGCGAAAGAAAUAGAGGGGUCCUUAAAGUAACUACUGCGUGUUUCAAUCUGUUCCAAUUCAAUGUGCAAUAAUCAAUGACAUUGAUCCACCUAUUUCACAAUUAAAUGAUAUGUAGUUUAUUGCUUUAAAGAUAUAGUC